AUGAUGCUGCUCUCAUGGAUUUCUGCGAAGCAACACUUAGAGGAGACAGUGUCUCUGGCAUUAGAUGUCUUCACCACCGGUGAAAGAAAAAGCUGGAGGAGGACCUUUAUCCUCCUCUUCACCUGCAUCCUGUGGAGCCUCCUGCUCAGCUCCCUGCUCCUCCUGUACCUCCUCUUCGCUGUGGACUACGAUCUGGCAGUGGCCAGCGGGAUUACUGGCUGCUUUGGCAUUUUACUAACUGUUGCCCUCUUCCUUUCGAAUAGGGUGAGAUGUUUGGGGACUCUGUUUGUCAUUUCCAUUUUUAUGAAGAAGAGCCGCAACUUGCUGCUGACGGCUGGAACGAGUUUAGUGGUUCUUAAAAAUACCCAAAACACCCUGAGGAACCUGACCCGCCUGACACGGAGCAUGAUCUGCAACCUGAAGGCCAAGAAAGCCGCCGUCGUUGCUCCCUUCAGCAACUACGUCAAGAUGCUGGAGUGGAUCGGGGGCGUCCUCAAAGGCGUCACAGACCUGGGGGUCGUCAACCUCGACUCAAAGCUGAAGGUUUCGCCGAGAAUAGAAUCAGACGCGUUCAGGCUGAAACUGAGCGAGGCCGAGCAGAAGCUGAACGAGACGGUCAAAUAUUUUCAAGGUGUCACGGAGACGGUCUCCUCUGUGACAGACAAGUUGUUUCCUGCCCUCAGCUUCCUCGUGCUGAUGACGUUCAUAGCCGUGCGCAUCCGAAAGUACCGCAACGACAUGAAGCAUGAAAACAGCUUCAUCAGCAGGAAGUUCGUUCUGUUCGAUGAGAAGCAGAGGGCCGAAGGGAAGCCCCACGUUCUCCCCCUCAGCCCCAGGGAAGAGAACCUAUACCCCUCCAUUCCCUCCGCCCGUCCCACCACCAAGGAGGGGAGAGCCAUGCUCAAAUUCGGAGUCCCGGUAAUCUCCCACCUUAUGGCUUGGACCUUUUUUAUAACCGUGGAUGCCUUGUUAUACUGCUUCGUUGAUAUUGUUACAAAAAAGCUAUCAGAGCUGAAGCCCUUCCACGUCCCUCUGAUGAUCAGUUUCAAAGGGAUUGCAACUUUGAUAGGCAUCCCAGUUGACGAAGAGAACCGUCAAAUGGAUUUUUCCUACUCUGUGACCUUGUUUGAGACGAAGUGUCUCCCCGAACCUGAGCUGCUGCUGUACAGCUCUGUGUUACCACUGAGCGCCAUCCUCGUCACCCUGCUCUUCAUGGCUCUGGUGGCGGCCAAAAUCUCCCAGCUCAGGCUGCUGGUCUGCGAGCGGUUCUUCUCUGAGGCGAGCGACGCUAGGGUGGAGUUCCUGCAUGGCAAAAUCCUGAGAAAAAGAUUCAAAACGGCCAAGGAAGAAAAUCAACGCAGCUUUACGUCAUUUGUUGUAAAGCUACAUUUCUGGUGUCCGAUGCUCUUCCGACCCAAAGAUGAACCUCAGAGUGUUGCGUGA